ACAUAUAUCGAACGGACGAAUCUCUUCGAUAAUCUCAAACGAUGACAGAAGCCUGGAAAGUCAAAGUAUUUUGGGGGACUCGUGUCAUACGUUUUUUUCCAACUCACACAUGGAAUAAAUUUUGCACGAAGCGAAAUCUCGAACGAUCCAGAACCUGUACGAACAAUCAGCGAUAAGAUCUGAAAUCGCCGAUUCGGGCACCCCGUUUGAUACGUGAUCCGAAAAUAUUUCGUUCGCCUUUUUCGCGACCUUGUAACAUUUAGAUAACAUUGAAUGUUUUCACAACGGGAUGACAUCUGGAAUCGGAGUGGCAGAGCAUUAUCAGUCGAUAUACAUAUAUGUACUUACCUCGCUGAUUACAAGCCAGAUAAAGCCGCCAGUCAUUCGUCGCGUUUCGUUUUUAUCCACCGUAACGAUAAGCCGUACGCGGAUUCAUCAUUUCUUUUUACUACAGUCAAGCAACGUAGAAAUCUGUAGUUCAUCGGUUAAUAAACAAUCGUAUAGAUAUUGCCGACAAAAAAAUGGCAGAUCCGCCAUGUCCGACCGGUUUGUGUCCCAAAUUGAACAAACCACGAGAAUUUCCCAAAAGACCGCCGAUAGUUUGUUACGACAAACCCGAAGCGGUGCUGAUAGAUAGAACGGCGUACGACAAGGCGAGGCACGAUGCUUUGCUGGGAGAUAUCGUAGAAUCGUUAAUUGUACACAAGAGAUCAGCCAGAAUCUGGAAGGUUCUGAAGGGUGAUCUCUGCAGGAUCACCGUCAUCCAAGGUUCUCAAGUGGGUGACGUUAAUUUGUGGAACUUGCAUAAUCCUAAGGAGCGUUUCUACUCAGGAAAAACUAGACAACUUCACGCCGCUCACUUGACUACUUACGAUAGGCUUUGGAGCAAUUUGCCCUAUUUGCGACCUAUGGCAACGGUGAUCGCCGAUUCUCUAUCCAGAUACGGAAUCGACGAGGACGGUGCCAGCGUACACGACGUCAUCGGGACCAGAUGCGAUAAUUACACGAUUGAACUUAUAACUGGUAAACCGACGACGGAUUCUUGUCACAGUUAUCUGACGCAGGCAGCGAUAGAAGCAGGGCUUACGGAAGACGACGUUCACGAUGUUUGGAAUAUUUUCAUGUGCACCGGGUUCACGAAGAACACCGGUCAGUAUUUUUGCAAAGCGAGUCCAGCGAGAAAAGGAGAUUACAUCGAGUUCAUUGCGGAUAUGGAUUUGCUGGUCGGUCUCAGCGCUUGUCCUCAAGGAGACGUAUCCCUACCUGUUGGCCAAGUUGUUCCUAUCCAGAUUUGCCACCCAUUGGGAGUCGAGGUAUUCCGGGCGAAGAAAAAUUGAUUGACUUUUUUUUGUACAAGAAUUAUGAUUCGGAAUUUCUUAAUAAUCUACAAGUUUGUAACCAUCCAUAAUGGAUUUGUGCUAUGUAAUAAUAUAUCAUUAGUAAUGUGAUGA